UGUGUGUGUGUGUGUGUGUGUGUGUGUGUGUGUGUGUGUGUGUGUGUGUGUGUGUGUGUGUGUGAGUGUGUGUGUGUGUGUGUGUGUGUGUCUGUGUGUGUGUGUGUGUGUGUGUGUGUGUGUGUGUGUGUGAGUGUGUGUGUGUGUGUGUGUGUGUGUGUGUGUGUGUGUGUGUGUGGGUGUGUGUGUGUGUGUGUGUGUGUGUGUGUGUGUGUGUGUGUGUGUAGCUGGGGGUGGUGCAGACGGAGGGGGGGCAGGUGGAGGGGAAGAGCCACAGGAUGGGAUUCUUCAGGACCGUCGACGUCUUUAAAGGAAUCCCCUUCGCUGACGUCCCCGGAAAGUUCGAGAAGCCAAAACCUCAUCCUGGAUGGAGCGGAAUCCUGAAGGCCACAAAGUAUCGGGAUCGCUGCCUGCAGGUGACGCUGCUGCAGACAAAAACCCAGGGCAGCGAGGACUGUCUCUACCUGAACAUCUUUGUUCCACAGGGACGAUCAUUGUCCACCAACCUCCCAGUGAUGGUGUACCUGUUCGGCGGCGCCUUCCUGUUGGGGGCGUCUAACGACGUGGCGAUCCUCGGGGACUCUCUGUACGAUGGGAAGGAGAUGGCCGACAGAGGCGGGGUCAUCGUCGUCACGGUGAACUACCGAGUCGGUACCCUGGGUUUCCUCAGCACCGGAGACGCCCGACUGCCAGGUAACUAUGGACUGUGGGAUCAGCACGCUGCCAUCUCCUGGGUCCGCAGGAACAUCGAGGUGUUCGGAGGACACCCUGACAACAUCACCAUCUUUGGCCAAUCAGCUGGAGCCGCCAGUGUCAGCUUCCAGAUGCUGUCUCCCCACAGUAAAGGCUUGUUCCGCAGAGCGAUCACUCAGUGUGGUGUGGCUCUCAGUCCCUGGGCUCUACAGACCAAACCCAUGGCUCUGACCAAGAAGAUCGCCCGUAAGGUCGGCUGCUGGAGAAGUAACCAGGACGAGAUGUUAACGUGUCUGAAGAUGAGCGACCCGGUCGGUCUCACCAUGGCGGGAAAAAUCGACGUGCUGCUUAUUCUUGGAAAAGGUGUGGUCAUGGAUCUCCUUGAACUCGCUCCGGUGGUUGAUGGUGAUUUUAUUCCAGAUGAACCCAGCCGGCUGUUCCACAACGCCGCUCAGUUUGAUUACAUGGCCGGAGUCAACAGCAUGGAUGGACACAUUUUUGCCGGAGUCGACGUUCCUUCAAUCAACAACAAAACUUCCACCACCCCUGUGAAGCAUGUGAAGGGUCUGCUGGCCGGUCUGACUAAAGAGAAGGGGAACGCUGCCGUCGACUCGGCCUACGACGCUUACACGUCUAACUGGGGGUCGUUUCCGGAGCAGGCGGUGGUGAAGAAGACGGUGGCCGACAUUGAGACAGACUUCCUGUUCCUGGUCCCGACUCAGAUCGCCCUCCAACACCAUGCCAACAAUACCAGUGGAGCCCGUACCUACUCCUACCUGUUCAACAUGAAGACUCGUAUCCCAGGGUUCCCUCGCUGGGUGGAGGCGGAGCACGCCGAGGACCUGCAGUACCUGUUUGGUAAACCCUUCACCACCCCACUGGUCUACUUCCCCCGACACCGAGACCUGUCCCGGUACAUGAUCGCAUACUGGACCAACUUCGCCAGGACCGGUGAUCCCAAUAGCGGCGACAGCAGAGUCCCAGUUCCCUGGCCCCCCUUCACCAGACACCACCGACCCUACCUGAACAUCAACCACAAGAUCAACAAGUCCUCCAUCAGCUACGACCUGAGAUCACAGUACGUCAGCUACUGGGCCCAGACCUACAGCAGCCUGCCGUCAAUAAAGAGAGAAGAAGAGGACGAGCCGGAGAUCUGAGCGCUGCUGUUUAUUUUGAACACUGUUAAUUACAAACCACUGGAAUUGUUUAUAACUGUGUGAAGAAUUAUUAACGAUGAAAGAAAAUGAGGAUUACAAUGAAUAAACACAAAUAAAAGAGAUAAACCAUCAGCGAGGACUGAGGCUCAGAGCCUCCUCUCUUCUGAUUGGCUCACCGACCUGUUGUUACUAGAGCUGCAGAGAGGAGCUGAGAGAGGAGAUGUGAAACUACACUGAGAUGUUUUUAUAUCUUCUUAUAGAUCAACACUUCAAAAUAAAACACAGGAGAAGAGGAAAAAAUAACAAUAAAGUUACAAUACACACUAAUGACAAUAAACCACAAGGGUAAAAUAUGGGACCUUUAAAUAAUUUAAUUAACCAAUCAGCAUUAGCCUGAGGAGGAAACACGCUGCUUGAAUGCAGGUACAGCAGGUGUGACUGUGUGAUCUUCUCUUAAUAAACCAAGCUGAACUCUGAA